ACCAAUUCGGAAAGAGCGCGUCUCUUUCAGGAAACGCGUCCUCGUCAAAAAAUUUGAGCUUUGUCUCGUCUUAAGAACGACCAAUACCACUAAUGACUGCCGUCGCUGUUUGGAGCAUUGUGUUGACGCCAGGCCGAAAGGAGACAAUCGUCCCUCAGGCAGACCUGCAAAUCAAAAACGCCGCUCUCGCAGAAAAAUUAUCUGAUGAGUCUGGCAGAACGACCGUCAAGUUAACUUACAUAAAUCCUGCAAAAAUUGAUGACGAAGAGGAGGAUCAAGUCGACCAAAAGUCUCUAGAAGAUGAGAUAACCACUGUUCUCUGUUCGCUAACCGCUGGCAAGAUUGAGCAGUCAGCAUGCGACCUCAUCCUUGAGAGCGAUGAGGAGUAUACCUUUGAGCUCAUCGGAAAAAACACCGUCUACCUCUAUGGAAAUUACAUUGACCAGAAUGCCAACCAACCACCUUACGAUUCUGACAUGGAGUCUGACAUGGGUGACGAGGAGGCCUACAACCUGGAUGAUGUCAGCUCGGACGUCGAGGUGCAUCCUGAUGAACUUGAAGGUCUCGAGGACGAUGUCGAGCGCUUCGAGGAAUUGUCAGACCUUGCUGAGGAUGAACCAAAGGCAGAAGAGCACAAGCCAUCGAAACGUCCUCAUGAUGACGCCAUGGACACCGACGAGCAACCUGCCGAGAAGGUCUCCAAAAAAAAGAAGGCGAAGAAGCAGAAGGGUGAAGACGGUAAGGCAAUCCCUGUUGUCGUUGAGGAAAAGGCAGCCGAGCCCAAGGGCGAGAAGGAAGAAGAGAAGAAAGCCGACAAAAAGGAGAAGAAAAAGCCAAAGACUGCUGAGGGGAAGAAGGGUGGCUCUUACAAAGAGCUCGCUGGUGGGGUCAAGAUUCGAGAUGUGAAAACUGGUGAUGGCAAGACUGCUAAGAAUGGCGCCAAGGUUUCCAUGCGUUACAUCGGAAAAUUACAGGAUGGCAAGAUCUUUGAUCAGAAUGUCAAGGGCAAACCCUUCACUUUCAAACUUGGAGGAGGUGAUGUAAUCAAAGGUUGGGACGUCGGAGUCGCCGGCAUGCAAAUUGGUGCAGAACGUGAGAUUAUUGUGCCACCAGCAAUGGGGUAUGGUGCGCGGAAGAUGUCUGAUAUCCCUGCCAACUCAACUCUGAUAUUUGAGGUGAAAUGUCUGGAGAUCAAGUAAGACGGUGUCGUACAUUCUAGUAUGCGGUAGUAUACUUGUGGUUCGUGUGGUAUAUCUGUCAACCGCGGUCAUGACUUGCACUGCUUUGCGAUCCGCUGAUCCGGACACGAACUCAUGAUUUUGCAGCACAACGGUGUUUGUCUGCCCAAGACCAACGCCAAUUGGGAAAAAUGACUUAGAACUCCACCCGCCACCCUAAGCCCAUGGUGCCUACAAAUGGGUUUGUAGGAUGGAGAUAAAGAG